AUGGGCAGAUUGACAAGGAGUAAAGUUGUAGCAGACAACCUUUCAUUCGAAAAAAUUACGAAAAAAGGGCAAAAUGCAGAAGGAAACGAACGAACUGGGACUGAAUUCUAUUUAGAAAUUUGGAAUGUGAUAAAGAACCAUAGAGAUAGCAGAAAUCGGCCCAUGGCAAAACUUUUCAAUACACUACCGGAUAGGAGGCACUAUCCAGAUUAUUAUGAGGAGAAAAAGAUAGACCGUAAGGAAUAUCCGGAUAAUGAAUCAUUCGAAUCAGAUCUUGAUUUAAUGUUUGAGAAUGCCAAAAAAUAUAAUGUGGAAGGUUCACAAAUAUAUAAUGAUGCCAAAUCACUACAGAGAUUAGCACAUAAUCUCUUAGGAGACAAAUAUGUUAAAACUAAAGAAGGUAGUGAAAUGUAUAAAACAUUCGAUAAGACUGAGCAUAAUGGCGAAACGUAUAAUAUAGGCGAUUAUGUUCAUAUUAUUAACGAACGUGACCCGGAUAAGCCAAAUGUUGGGCAUAUUUUCAGGAUCUGGAAAAACCACAAAGGUGAAAGUGGAGUCAAUGUUUGUUGGUAUUAUCAUCCUGAACAAACAAAGCACCAAGUUAGCAAGAAGUUCUUCGAAAAUGAAGUGUUCAAAACAAACACAUUUCAUGACCACUCAAUGCAAGAUGUUUUAGGAAAAUGUUUUGUCUUGCAAGUCAAAGACUAUGUCAAGGGACGGCCAAAAGGAAGCGAGAACAAAUCAGUUUAUGUAUGCGAAUCAAGAUAUAACGAAGGCAGCAAAGUUUUUAAUAGAAUAAAGAAUUGGCAUCAUGUAAUGCCCAAAGGAUUUGACUUUAAAAAAAUUGAACUUGAUAAAUACGAGUCGCCGAUUACAUUGAGAAAAACGGAAAGUCCAUUAGCAGCUGAAUGGUUAGCUGCACAUGACAAAAUAGAUGAAUCACAAAAAUUAGAAACAUCUGAAUUUGAACAGAUGUCAACACCGGUGUCAGUAUCAGAAUCUGUAUCCGCGUCUACAACAAUGACACAAACGGUAACACCUAAACCUAUAAGUAUGAAAAGACAACAAACAGUCAACCAGUCAACCGAUAAUUUAAGCCCACACCCAAUUGUGCCUUCACAGUUCCCUCCUAAUAUACAACCACAGGUACAACCACAGUAUAGUCAUCAGCAUCCAAUGACACCAUUGAAUCCUUCUAUGAUGAUGGGAAGACUACAUGGUUAUGGAUACGGUGCUCAUUAUCAGCAUCCACAACCGCAUCCUAUGUUAGUUUCUCCUCAGUAUGUACACCCACAUCAUUAUCCAACGAUGUCAUCACCGGCUUCACAUACCAUGACGACUCAGAUUCCAGCAACUUCUAAAGCAAUGCCUAAGUCUUUUCUAAAACGAACAACAUCUAUUGUAUCCAACAAUAAUGCAUCUCAAAGCUUUGAGUUGCCUUCAGAAACAACCGAGCAUUUUGCACGUGACGACAAAGGAAGAAUGCUUUGGUUUGUUACCCCACCAAUAGACGUGGUACCAUUACCACGACCUGUACAUUCAAUAGAAUAUCUUUGUAGGCAAGAAGAAAUUAAAAAGCGUAAGAAAAUACAAGAGACGAAUCAUAUUAGUGAAAGUCAAUCUGAACGGCCACAGAAAAUACCAAAUCUCUCACAUUCUGAUACUAGUAGCAUAAUGAAUGAUGAUAAACUACUGGACAUUAUUGAGGGAUUAGCAAGCACUUGGAAACAAGAUGCUAUAUCACUUAGUCAGAAAUUUGGCUCGCCUUCGGACUAUAUGGAAAUAACCGAUGAUAUCUAA